UGGAGUUACAAAAAUAGUCAUAAUCCGCCACUGUCAAAGCGGGAAUGUAGAAAUCUGGUUUGUUGAUUUCAAGUGAUUGUUACUCGCGGCCUUAUAAAAUAAUUUCACCGAACAGAAUGCCGCCGAGUAGCCUUCGAGUCGUGUACGCGUUCGCUAGAGAAAUGCAUCCAAAAACAACGGACGUUUUCAUUCAAUACGGCACAGCCGGAUUCCGAACCAAAGCUAACCUUCUGGAGCAUGUCGUGUAUCGCAUGGGACUGCUCGCUGUUAUACGGUCUAGAGUUAAAAAUGGUCGCACCAUCGGUAUGAUGAUAACAGCCUCCCACAACCUUGAACCCGAUAACGGAGUCAAGCUGAUCGACCCCGACGGCGAGAUGUUGGAACAGAGCUGGGAGGAGAUCGCCACAAGGAUGGCCAAUGUCAGUGACAAUGACUUAGAAUCAAUCACCGGUCAAAUAAUCAAGGAGGUUAAUGCGGACAUGUCUUUGAAAGCCAGCGUCUAUAUAGGGAUGGAUACAAGAUAUACAAGUCCAAGGUUGGCCGCGGCCGCAGCUAACGGCGUCAUAGCACUGAAAGGCACGCCGAAAGAAUUUGGCAUAGUGACGACCCCCAUACUACACUUCUGUGUCAAAUGUAGGAACGACAACACAUACGGAGCGCCCUCCGAGGAAGGUUACUAUGAGAAGAUUGUGGGUUCGUUCAAGAGGAUUCGGCAGAAGUUAUCAGUGAGUGGCGCCUACAACACGACGUUGUAUGUGGACGGCGCCAACGGGGUGGGAGGGAAGAAGCUGAACAUCAUCAAGAAGACCCUGGACGGAGAGCUGGACUUGAUGCUAUUCAAUUUGGGUGGAAACGGUGGAAAACUCAAUUUGAACUGCGGCGCUGAUUACGUGAAGGUGUCCCAGCGAGUGCCUGUGGGCGUGGAACACGUCCCGUAUCAGAGAGUCGCCUCACUUGACGGAGACGGAGAUAGGAUCGUCUACUAUUAUGUUGACAAUGAUGAAAAAAUGCAUCUCUUGGACGGUGAUCGCAUAGCCACGUUGCUCGCUAGUUAUAUAACGGAACUGCUCGGCACCUGCGGAGCGGACCAGCUGAAGCUAGGCCUAGUACAAACAGCAUACGCCAACGGAGCCUCCACCAAAUAUAUUACAGAGGAACUGAAAAUCCCGGUGUCGUGUGUGAAGACCGGUGUCAAAAAUCUUCAUCACGAGGCCUUGAAGUAUGACAUCGGGAUAUAUUUUGAAGCUAACGGUCACGGUACGGUGGUUUACAGCAGGGAAGCGAAAAAUACACUCAAGAAAAUAGACGAGGACGGAGACGCUGAACAAAGGAAGUCGGCCCAAAUAUUAUUAGACUUCAUCGACAUGACCAAUGAGACGGUCGGAGACGCCAUAUCAGAUUUAUUCCUAGUGGAAACUGUACUGUGUGCGAGGGGUCUAGACAUUACUGGAUGGGAGAACACCUACCGAGACCUCCCCAGCAGACAGCUUAAAGUCACCGUACAGGAUCGUAACGCGAUUCAGACAACGGAUGCUGAGAGGAGAUGCAUCUCUCCGGAAGGUUUACAGGAGAGGAUUGAUGAGAUCGUGUCAGAGGUCAACAGCGGGAGAGCCUUCGUGAGACCAUCGGGCACUGAGGAUAUAGUGAGGGUGUACGCUGAGGGCGACACGCAGGAGUCCGCCGACAAACUAGCCGAGGACGUGGCACAAGUUGUCAGAGAGUUGGCCGGAGGAGUGAACUAGAAUUAAGGGAAUAAAAAAAUAUAAUAUCGAUCUGAAUAUUGAUCAAAUCAUUGGCGUUGUACUAUAAAAUUAUAUUGUCAAAAAUGUACACAGAUAUAUAAAUAUAUAAUUGUUAUGUCAAAUUGAAAUUAAAAUUCAUAUAUAUAUAUAUACAGUUUAGUUCAUUAAGUGAAAUAAAAAUAACAUUUUAAAAAAUUAACAAUUUUUUCACCGUCCAAGUAAAGUUAGAGCACUGAGAAGUAUAAAAUUAAAAUCUUAGUGACACUUAGAAUGGAAUAUUAUAUUCUAUGACUAUAGACAUAGAGCACAUUAUCGAACUAGUCUGUAAACGGUACAACGCGUAACUAGUCUGGCAGCUUGUAUGUGUUACUGAUUUGGUCAUAGCUAUUACAUCUCUACGUAACCUGCUCUCUGCAUAUUUUUUUAUUAUUAUUAAUUAUUUAGUCAAAUAAUAGUAUUUUACAUUUUUUAUUUUCAACCGUAUUCAAAAUACAUUUAUGAAGACAAAUUUAAUAUGAUUGCUUUUUAUUUUAAAACGAAUAAAAUAAUUAAUACUUUA